UUCCGUGUUUACAGAAGCUCAGAAAGCCUCUGCUGCGCGUCGGUGUCGACUUUCUGAAGAGGAUGCGGCAGUCAUGGCCUUCUUAAAGACGCCAGAGCGAACCAAAGAGAGGUUUUCUCUCUUGCUGCUGGAUUUGGAAGAGUAUUAUUUUGAACAGCACACGGCCUACCAUGUGUCGGGCGGUUCUAAAAAGGAGAGAAAAAUCCGAGGCUCAUUCAAGGUUUGUUCCCGAUCGAUCAUAUUUGAUCCAGAGGACCUCGCAGAGCCGAUACUGAAGAUUCCCCUGAAAGACUGCAAGAAGAUUGAGUUUGUGGAGAAGGAGAACAACCCUUUUAACGAGCCUCGGCCGUCAGCCGUCUCUGUUUCAUGUGGACAGAUCAUUUACAUCAAAGAAAGCAACGUGAUCGCACCGUACAGGAACGACCGGGGAGCAAAGAAAAUUACCUUCGAGCUGGAAGUCUGGAACAAAACUGAAGAUGUCGUUCAGACGUUACUGCAGCUCCACAGAGCGUCCUGCCUGGAAAAGCUCGGAGACCAGACUGCGAUGAUUGCUGCCAAUCUGCAGUCUCGACUAGCGAGGUCAUCGUUCGACAAAAACUGCUUUCAGAGCGUCGCGGAGAAGCCUCACAUGGAGUGUGCGGUGGAGAUGGUCAUGCCUCUGGUGUCCAACCCGGGCCACGUCUGCAUCACGGACGAGAACCUCUACUUCCAGCCUCUCAACGGAUACCCGGAACAUGUGAUUCAAAUCAAGCUGCACAGAGUCAGGAGGAUCUACAAAAGACGGCACGGUCUGAGACCCCUGGGUCUGGAGGUUUUCUGCACCGAGAACGAUUUCUGCUCCGACAUCUACCUGAAGUUCUACAACACGGCGGACCGAGACGAGAUCUAUUACUACAUCGCCACCUUCCUGGAGAACCACGUGACGGAGCACACAGCGGAGAGCUACAUGCUGCAGUGGCAGCGCGGUCAUCUCAGCAACUACCAGUAUCUCCUCCACCUCAACAACCUGGCCGACCGCAGCUGCAACGACCUCUCCCAGUACCCCGUCUUCCCCUGGGUGGUCGCCGACUACAGCAGCGCUCAGCUCGACAUGACGAACGCCGCCUCGUUCAGAGACCUGAGCAAACCGGUGGGAGCCCUGAACAAAGAGCGACUGGACAGACUGCUGGCUCGCUACAGAGGCAUGCCCGAACCUCGCUUCUUGUACGGAAGUCACUACUCCUCACCGGGCUACGUCCUGUUUUACCUGGUCAGAGUCGCUCCAGAGCACAUGCUGUGUCUCCAGAACGGCCGCUACGACCACGCCGAUCGCAUGUUCAACAGCGUAGGUGAAACAUGGAAGAACUGCUUAGAGGGAGCAACAGACUUCAAAGAGUUAAUUCCAGAGUUUUACGGGCACGACUCCAGCUUCCUGGAAAACAGGCUGAGUCUUGAUCUGGGCCAGAAGCAGAAUGGAAACCUGGUUGAUGGCGUCGUUCUCCCACCGUGGGCCUCAGACGCCGGUGACUUUCUUCAGAAGCACAAGGCGGCGCUGGAGAGUCAGUAUGUGUCGGAGCACCUUCACGAGUGGAUCGACCUGGUGUUUGGCUUCAAACAGAGAGGCAGUGAAGCUGUGGCGGCUCAGAACGUGUUUCACCCGCUAACCUACGAAGGCGGCAUCGACUGCGACAGCAUCGAGGACACUGACCAGAGGAUCGCCAUGCUGACGCAGAUCCUGGAGUUCGGCCAGACGCCCAAACAGCUGUUCACCAGCCCGCACCCGCAGAGGAUCACGCCGAGGUUUCAGAACAUCACUCGGAGCCCCAGCAUCAACUCACCGGCCAGCGACAUGUCUCCAGCCUCUCCGACUGAGGAUUCGUCCUUCGAAGACCUGACUGAGGAGAGCAGGAAGUUGGCCUGGACCAACAUAGGAAGUCUCAAAUCCAUUUCCAGCCACAAGAUCCAUAAAGAAGCUGUUACCGGCAUCGCUGUGACGCGAGACGGAGCUGCAAUCUUCUCCACGUCCCAAGACUCAACGCUUAAAAUGUUCUCCAAGGAGCUGAAGGACUUCCAGAGGAGCAUGUCCUUCUCUAACAUGGCGCUGUCGUCGUGCCUGAUGCUGGCGGACGGUAAAACGGUGGUGUGUUCGUCGUGGGACAACAACGUUUAUUUCUACUCCGUCCCGUACGGCCGGCGGCAGGACACGCUGAUGGGCCACGACGACGCCGUCAGCGACAUGUGCUGGUUCGACGACCGACUCUACACGGCGUCCUGGGAUUCCACUGUUAAGGUGUGGCAGUGUGCUUCUGACAGCUUGUCCAGUCACAAGAGGUCCCAGUUUGAGCUGCUGGCUGAGUUGGAGCACGACGCCGGGGUGAACACCGUCGCUCUGAAUCCGGCCGGGACUCUGCUGGUGUCCGGCUGCAAAGACGGGACGGUCACCAUCUGGGACACCGGCAGCUACGGAGCUCUGCAGCAGGUCCACUGCCACGACGGAACCAUCCACCACGCGUCCUUCAGUCCUGAUAGCCGACAUGUCCUCAGCGUCGGCGCCGACUCCUGCAUGAAGGUUAUCGACGUCCAGACGGGAAUGGUGAUGUCAUCUGUGAAAGCUGAGGAGGAGCAGAGGUGUUUCUGCUGGGACGGGAGCUCUGUGCUGUGUGGAGGUCAGUCUGGUGAUCUCGUUCUGUGGGACCUGCUCAGCAACACAGUCACCCAGAGGAUCCCUGCACACUCAGGCGCCGUCACGGCCAUGUGGAUGAGCGAGCUGUGCACCACGGUGAUCACAGGCGGAGAAGACAGACAGAUGAUCCUCUGGAAGCUCCAGAGUUAAAGGAGGAGCCCCCUUCAGAAUCCUGCUGCUGCUCAGAGGAAGACUUCCAGUGCAAUUUCCCGGACCGCACAGGCCCAGCACCCUGCCGGCUACGUGACGCCACCACCGGACUUUGACUCGUGAAACAGUCGUGAAGCGUCCGAGUCGUGCUGUAAAUACACAGUGUUGUGGAGGAGUCGGUGGGGGCGACGACAACAACUGUUCUUAAUCCAAAAACUAAACGCAAAAGGUCACGUGCAGUCAUGUUAGUCAGAAUCUGCUUCUUGAGAGAAAAAGUCCAAGCGCAGGUUUGUGCAUGAGAGCAGGAAGCUGAAACUGUGUCCUCGCCUUAUUUUACGCUUCUGUUUUAAGCUUGUUGUACGUGUGUGUGGGCUUCACCCCGUGUUACCUCCCUUACACCCUGUUAAAGUCUAAAGCGGGUACAGCUAAUGGAUGGAUGGACCUUAAUUUACUUUUUUUUUUUUUUUAAUUAGCAUUCAUAUUUGUAUCGCUUCAUGUGUGUUUUAUUGUUUGAAGUGAACCGUCAGAGCUUUGUACUGCUCAGGUGUUAUUACAAAAGCACAGUUACCUCUAAAAA